UGAUGUUCGUAGAUUAGGAUGCUGUUCAAGGACGUGUGAGCUCACCUUUUCAGCCGCUUGCUUUGUCUAUUAUAUCAUCUUGUCGUGUCAGACCUGAGGAUCCUACAACAGUAAUCUACACAACAAAAAUCAGUAAUGGAUGUCAGAAAAAUUCAGCCAUAUGAUCCUUCUAUGCUCACCUAUGAUCGCGUAGAAGCUUCAAAUGUGAUACAGUUAGCUAAGGAGCUGACAAAUAUAAAACUACCAGCAAAUAUUGAAGUUGAAUGGUUGUUGAAAGCAAUUUGUCUUAUUGAUUUAACGACAUUAGCUGGUGACGAUACACCUGUUAAUGUCCAUAGACUUUGUGUAAAAGCUGCUCAUCCGUUGAGUGAAUGUCUCUUAAAGAAGAUUGAAACUAUGUACAACUUGGAUUUACAGGACUUAAAAACAGCUGCUGUAUGCGUUUAUCCCUAUCAGGUUAAAACAUGUACAGAGACUUUUAAGAAAUUAAAAUUGCCUGACUUCAACAUUGCCUCAGUUGCCACUGGCUUUCCUUCAGGACAGUAUCCUUUAGAUACACGUUUGAUGGAAAUCAAAUCGGCUAUCAUUGAUGGAGCAAAUGAAAUCGACAUAGUAAUCAAUCGGUCGUUAGCAGUACAAGGUGAUUGGCAAGGCGUUUACGAUGAAGUUUGUGCAAUGCGUAAAGCUUGUGGAGAUAGAGCCCACUUGAAAACAAUUCUUGCCACAGGUGAACUAGGCAGUUAUGAUAAUGUCUAUAAAGCUUCAAUGGCUUGUAUGUUAGCUGGUGCUGAUUUUAUUAAAACAUCUACUGGGAAAGAAACAGUCAACGCAACUCUUCCAGUCUCUUUGGUUAUGGCACGAGCAAUACUAGACUUUAAAGAUGUAUACAACGUUAAGGUCGGAUUUAAACCAGCCGGUGGUCUACGUACAGCUAAAGAUGCUAUUGACUAUCUUCAAUUAAUGAACAAUAUUCUUGGAUCAGAAUGGAUGAAUCCUGACUAUCUGAGAUUUGGAGCUAGUUCACUGUUAGGCAGUAUUGAAAGCCGAUUAUACAGUCUAUGUCAUAAUGGUGUAUUACCAUCACCUGGGGAAUUAGACUUUUUCUAAUUCUAAUUCUGAAACGACUGGAUAGGACAGGAUAACAUAAUAUAGAAUUUCUACAAUUAACAACAAUAGUUUAUUGCAUAUUAUAAAUGUUUGUGUAUAUGUGUAUCUGUAUAGUGAUUUGUACAAUUCUUCAAUUUUAAUAUUGAUUUGUUUGUUUGUUUGUUCUGUUCUGUUAUAUUAUGUUUCUUUUUGGGGGUGGGGGGAGGGUGGCAGUU